AUGGCGACAUUGGAGGAUCAGAUGAAGGCGACUUUGAAGCUCUUCAUUGCUGCCCAGAAUGUGGUAGCGCACCGCGAAUUUGACCGCGGGAAAAGGGACGAGCAUGCUGUCACCGCUGCCGAGCUGAGUAGGACCAUUGGCGAAAAAGCCAAGGUAGAAAAGGAGCUGUCGGUUGCACAAAGCCAGCUAUAG